AUGAGAUUUAAUGAAGUGCCAUGCGAGGAAUUAAAGAAUUCCUUAUAAAAGAACACAGAUCACCUCAAAAUUUUCGUUUUGUUGUUAAGACAAAUUCAACUAUAAAACGCUUCCUAAAUUGAUGAAGCUGUAUUUGAGUCCUCAAUGACGAAGCUCAAUGACGUUCUUCAAAAAUUCAUGCAGGCUUUGCCCUAAGAAUUCUGGCAAAACUAUAUGGAUGAACAUCUCAUGGAGGGGCUAAUUUUAAAUACUGCUCAUGAGAAGGGAUAAAUAAGAAAGAUAUCGAGAUCAUGUAUUGCUAAUUAUGUAAGAUAAUACAAGGAUCUGAGACCAAUACUGUUAGGGUUCAAGGAAUUCGGGAUCGUUAAAAAUAAGAAUGCUUACUCCAAGUAAUGUAUAAUACUAAUCCUACCGAAUCUUCUAAAUCUAGAUCAAUCAGUGAUUAGCAAAGAUUGCUAAUAAUUUGUUGAUCUGUUAAAAUAGCUUUAUCAAAUCAUUCAAGAAUCAGAUGAAAGUGAAGCCGAAUUAAAGAAAAGCACUAUAAAAGUAAUAAGUGAAAUGUCCAAAAGAUUUUCCUAAUUUGAUUCGAUUUAUUCCUAAGUAAAGAAUGGUAGUAAAUUCAUCACUCCCAAGAAAGAAACUCCUUCGAAAGAAGAGAGAAAAGUUCAAUAGGGAACUGUAGCUGUUCACACUAAGCAAAAAUCUUAAGACUUAGCUUUUGGCUUUUUGGACACAUUGAUUUAUCAUAGAAUGCUGCAACAGCAUAAUGUCCAAGAUAAGACAAAGGCAUUUGAUGAGUGUCUAUCUGCACUUAUCACCUUUAAAAACCAAAAUCAAAUGAAAUUAUCUGAAAUGCUGCAGUUUCUCUCUAAUUUUUUUCAGGUGCCACUGGCUAAAAGUGUAAAUAUAGCCAAAUUAACUAAUAUGAUUACGUAUAAGCUUCUUGAUAACAAUAAAGUCAUAAGAUAAGAGGCCUAAUAGUAUUUCUAAAGUAUUCAAAAAAUGACUGGGCUACGAAGCUAUGCUUUCAUGAUUAUAAAUCUAUUCGAAAAUUUCUGCAAUAACUAAACAAACAUCAACACUUAGAAUUCCUUACUUGAUGCUUUGCUAAAUAUAACACUGUCAUUUUCUUAAAAAGUAAAGGGCAGGGAUGAUAUUGAUUAUCAUAAACUGGUUGAAACUUUAGAUAGUGUUUGGGAAAUCGAUCACAAACACCAACCAAAGAUUAUUGACAUUCUUCAUAUUUUAUCAGGUUCACUUAUUGGUCAGUAAGAAAUAAUUAAUGAAUCAAAGAACUUGUUUAACAACCAAUUUCACUCAAAGCUAGAAGAGAAACUUGGAGUUGCUAAAGAGUCUUAUCGCAGGAAUACAAAUGGCCAACUUAACGUCAAUAGUCUAAGCAUCCCAUAAUUUGACAAACCAGAAAGUAGCUAAAAGAAGAAGUAGUUAAUACUGCCAAACAUCAAUCACCUUCAAACCCAUUCGCCAGGUAAAACUAACUAAAGCAGUGUUGGAUCUGUGUCAUAGAGCACUUUAAACCAUAAGAAAUUAAUUUAAAAUGAAUACUUCAGCUAAAAAGACGCUAUUACUACUUCUCACUUAUAAUAAACAAUCGAUUAUGAUAACGAAACUUCAUCUACUAUAUCUUAAAUGAAGCACUAGCCAAAGCGACUGAUUACAAAUAGGUAUGAUUCCUAAACAAUCACAGAAAAGAGCCACUCUCCUUUCACAACUACAACAAUGUCAUCAGUCUCAGAUAGAUUAUAACUUUUGAAGAAAAAAAGCGGACCUGAUGUAGAUAAUAAUUCAGAUCAAUCAUCUAACUUUGGAAACACAACCUAAACAUCAAGAGGUUCUUAAAAGAUUAUCAAGGAAUCAAUUGAUAUGUAGAAUAGUGGUGGCUUUGAAUAAAACCAGAUUAAAGUUGGUAAAUUGUAAUUAGAUCCAAGCUUUUUCUAACAGACUAAUGGAAGCUUAAGUGGGUCUAUCGAUCAAUUUUCAACAAAAAUAUCUCAUCACAAACCAGGAUCUGGAUUUACAACUAAGAGUAUAAAAUUCAUGAGAGGGACUGUAACAAGUCUCGGAGAUGGAAGUAAUAAUGGAGACACUAAAUAGUAUCUAACUAUUGGAGAAUUAGAACCGCUAGUCAAUUGUGAUCUAGAAUGGAAAAUGUUUCUAGGUGAUAUAAAAUCUGAUAAUUGGAGUAGAUAGUUCGAAGCUUGUAACAUACUGAGAAGAGCAUGCAAGUUUCAUAUUAAAGAUAUUAUAUAUGGAGGUAAGGGAGGAUCAACUUAAGGUUUGUCUAAACAGAUAAUGGAAACCUUCCAUGAAGUUAAUUAGCUUGUUGUAAAAUUAGUAGAUUCACUAAGAUCUACAGUAUCAAAGUAGGCAAUGAUAACCAUGUAUGAAAUGUUUGAGUCUCUGCCUAAGCAGCUCAUAGAGUAGGAUCUUGACAUUAUUUACCAAGUUUUACUCAAAAGAUCAGUAGACACAAAUGGAUUUGUGGCUGAAGAGGCAGAGAAAACUCUAAUCUCGAUGUGCCGAGCUGUUUCAGAGUAGAAAAUGGCUAAUGCUCUACUAUAAUAGAAAAGUUCUAAAUCGUCUGUGAUUAGAUGCCAGAUUUGCAGAUGCCUUUGCGUUAUUAUCAUCAAACUUAAGUAAAGCCAGCAUUAGAAGAAAUUAAACCCUAAUAAAUUGAGCGACAAUGAAAGGAAUAUACUAUCAUAAAUUGGAUAAUACAUGAGUGAUGCAGCAGUUGAAGUAAGAACUUAAGCCAAAGCAUCUAUUAAGCAAAUCGUAAAUCUCUUCGAUGAAAAGGAGUUAAAGAAUCAAGUAAUGAUGUCAAUGGGUGAAACCUUUUAUAAUAAAGUUAUAGAGUAUAUAGAUAAUGAGUGCGUUUGA